AUGGUCCGCGAUGACAAGACCACGCCAACUCGACACGAAACUGGUUUCGCCAAGUGGCUUGCCAAACCCGACAUGACAGGAGGUGUGGUCAUUGCGCUACAACAACCUGCCAAAUCGCAGGUCUUCACCGCAGAUGUGGAAUGGGUUAGAGACGAAUGUGCCUCAUUGGCCUACCUGAACAAGUGUCUCGAAUUUGUGGAAAGCACCGGCGGUAUGAAAACGACGAGCGUCUUCGAUGCGUUCCCAUUCAUCAUCGAGAACAUUCCCACAGGAGAACUAGCCAAUGAAGCGAGAUGUGCAUACAAUACUUUUCGCUCUAUGGUAGAUGCGAAAAAGCCCGAGGUUCUAUUCGCUUGCUGGCGAAUCCACGGUCACGACCUUUUCUUUUCCGGGAAAGGACCGGGUAAAACCAAAGACAUAGAUCGAUUAGAGUUUGCGAAUGGCCACGUUGUCCGUGUCGUGAACGGGUUCCAUCCUAGCUAUGUGGCCAACUACUGUCCAAAUGAGAGCUGCUUCCGAAAACUGUUCGCCAUGGAGCUGUGUAAGGCAUUCUGUGAGCUGAAUGAAGCUUGGCAGGAAGAUACCUGGAUGGACGAUCUGAGAAGAACGUGCCGGCUACGAACUGGGCAAUUAAUGAAAGAAAAGGGUACAGACGGCGAGCAGCUUAACACGGAAUCAGGUCGCAGGCUUCGAAGAAGUACAGCGGUAAACACUGCUAGCAAAUACAAGGCAUACACUAAGUCCUUCGAUAACGGUAUGGGUAGCAUUUUCAAGAUCUUCAGCCAUAUGGUAUCCUCGAAUUACACGUCCCAAAGCACGUGGGAACUCUAUAUACUAUUUGUUUUCAACCACAAUACGUCGGAAGGUAUUUGUGAUACUCUCCUAGCCGUGUCUGAGGCGAUGGGGCAAUUUGCAUCUGAAACCUCAAUGAGAGAGCCCGCGCUCGUAGAGCUUGGCAGACACAUCAGUCAGCAGACACUCAAGCUCGUCAAAGACGACGUUCCAGAUCUACUGGUCUAUAAGCGAGGCUUAUACAAGAAUCUCUGGAGUAACCGGUUUCUGUCGAAUAACUCUCGAGGACUGAAGAGGAGUUUGGAGGGGAUAACGGUGCGUUUCAUCGAGGAUCUGACGGAGUCGUUUUCGGAGUCGGCAACGGGCUGGACGUAUACUCCACAGCUGGUGAAUGAUGCUUUCAAAGAACUUGCUGUUAGCUUCGAAAAUGCUCUAGGAAAGGAGUAUGAUGAGCAUCAACAGGCCUUGGCUGCCAGCACCACGACUGGUGUUGCUAACCUAAGCGCGUCCUUGUACGCACUAUCGAUCGCGAGCACUCAAUCGCCGGCUUCAGCAACUUCAGCUACGAAUAGAACACCAACACGGCCAUCUCUCACAGACAAUUGCUUCAGAUGCAGCCAACGCGGUCACUGGUCCAGGGAGUGUCCCAACCCUCCUGUCAAAAGCACCACACCGCCUACAUCUCCAUCUAGCCCGAGAUGUUAUAAGUGCGGUAAAGCUGGCCAUUAUUCCAAUGCUUGCCCGAGUCCUCGCAAGGGAAGUGCCACAGCGCCCACCCGGACGAAUUCGGGUGAUAAAUGCUUCAACUGUAAUGAAUUUGGGCACUGGUCUGGCCAAUGCCCCCGCCGUAGGCAAGGUAGCUUGACGCCGUCGAGAUCUAGAUCUGGUGACAAGUGCUAUUCGUGUGGCGAUACGGGCCACUGGUCCAGCAACUGCCCGAGGCGCACGAACAAAUGA